AAAGACAUAUUCACAUUUCGUAACAAUAUUUCAGUUUAUCCUAGAACAUUGAUCGGUGAACUAUCUCCCAUCGACUCGCCAGGUUUCACUUUCCGUCCAAGUCCAAGAAGUUUAUUCCCGUCUAUUUUCGUUGUGUGGCAACCUUUUCUUCACCAAUAUCCACGAAAGCUAAGUCAUGCAUUGAUUGAACACAUAAGCGAUACAUGCAGAAAUUUCCCUUUCAAAAACAAUGACAAUGAUAGUGAAAACUGCAGUCAUACGGAUAUUGCUUUUGAUUAUUUUCUAUGAAAGUAAAUAUGCGACAAGUUUGAUUAUACCAGAAGAACUACCAACAAUACUUUCUCUAAUUUACUCGAAUAUCCCACCAAUUAAAAAAGGAACCGAUUCCAGAUUUGGUAUAGGUUUUCGAUUAGGUGAACAUGCGGAUUUUCAGAUUCUCAUUGAAUUGGGUCCACAAACUGAGACAGAUCAGAUAGGUACAUCUAACGAUGCUAAAAAACGACGAGAUGUAAUGUAUGAUGCCGCGAUAAGAGGAGAGCUAGGAUCAUUCGCACAACAAGUAGCCAAAUAUCAAAUGAAACAAAGACUUGAAAAAGAAAAAGAUAAAGUUAAAACAGAGGACAAAUUUGAAAAGAUACAAACGGAAAAUAAGCAGGAUGAUAAAGAUACUGCUUCCAAUAAUUGGUUGAUGAAAUGGAGGAAAGAAAUGUCACAAUCAUCAGAAAAUAAUACAUCAUUAAAUUCAGAUCAAAAUAAAGAUGCAAAAAUUCAACAAAGAAUAGAGAAACCAAUUAAAUCUGAUAUUCAAACAGAUAAAUUGGAAGAACUAACAAAAUUAUAUAAGUCACAAAAUAUAGAUAACAAGGAAAUUUUAUCAUAAAUAUGAUAUUAAUACAAAUUAAUUUGACAUCAUUGGAUAUCAAAAUGACGUGCGCUUACAACUUGAGUACAUUUGCACUCAUUUUCACUGCACAAUCGAUUUAUUGUAUAGUAGUUAUAUGCAUGUACAUUGUGAUUAUUAGAUGAUAUUGAUUAUUAAUAAUAAAUCCUUAGAUAGCAAUAUAUAUUGCUCAUUUAACGUCAAUAGUUAGUCAUUUUAGACCUUCGACAUCAUAUGUUACCAUAAAACAUCAUGUAUUUGAUUUAUUAGCGACUUCGUAAUAAUUUAUCCUUAUAAUUAUUAUCUUUAUAAAUAUCAUUCUAAUAAUGUGCUUAUAACAUCAAACUUUUUACAAAUUAGUAAUAACUUUUACAAAUUAGUUAACUGAUCAUUCAGUGAUGUAUAUAUUAUAC